AUUCUCGCUAUGUUCCUCGCUCAAGCACUUCACACCAUUAAAAGACAGGCAGGUUUUAUUACGAACUCAAUCAUCUCCGUACCUCCUUUGUCUUGUCAUGGUGUAGUCUCUCCUCAAGGCCUGCUCGCUGCGGUAGCUGUUUGUUCUAGACGUCUCACAGCUCUCCUUCCCGUGAACCGGUGACCCCUCUGGGGCGGGUAACAUCGCUCACACACCGCCUUACAUCAUGAAGGUGUGCCACUCCAUUAGUCGGGUCCGCAAGGGGUCGCUUCCGUGGCCCCUCACCGCUGAGCGCGGCGGGAUAUCCCCAGGGUCGCCCUCCGCACGGCGGCGGCGUCGCCAUCUCAGCCCGACCGGAAGGAAGCACCAGCGCCGCUCGCCGCGCCGCCGACCUCUGACCUGACCUUGCACGGCUACGGGCACGACCAAUGGCGUCGUGGCCGGCCGUCACGCUGCGCCGUGCCGAGUCUGCCCGGCGCGGCGGAGGAGUCUGAUCAGAGACGACCCAGGUAACGGGCGGGCGGCAGCAGACAGUGGUGCCCCCUCUCAGACGGAGCUGAACCCCCGCACCGCUGCCGUCGGCACAGUCUGGGGAGAAGAGAGGACGCCCGACCUUCCGAACCCCCCGCUGCAGUCGUGAAGUGCAGCUCGCGACAGGCGGAGGUCCCUCAGUGCGGACGGAAAGGGAAGGUGUGAAGUGAGACGGACAGGGCUGAGUGAUACCAAUCCUGCUACCCAAGAAGUAAACAAUUAUAAUUAAGGAAUCUGGAAGGAAAGUGUCUCGUUUAUUGUGCUGAGGUUACUUUCCAUCAAGCCAGGAUUCUUCCACCACGAUGCCGAUGCCUCUGAGUCCAGCGUGCCGGGCUCGUAGGCCUCUGAACGGUGCCAACGGUCACCCGGAUACUCACAUGAACCGCUCCAUGAGUUACAGCGGACACUCAUUGAGUGCCGCCGCCAAGGAAGGCGAAAACGGCACAGGAACAAACGGAACUCAUCUGGGGCACGAGGAGCGACCUAUGCACCGGUCGGCAAGUCAGAAUGGAAGUGCAAUGAAUCUGCUGAAAAGUCGAAACGGAACGUCGACAAAUGGACAUUCAAACGGCGACAUGGUUCAUGAUAGCGAGAGUAAAUUCAGACCAAAGACACCUCUAGCAGCAGUGUUUGCCGAGCACUUGUCACUCAGACGGACGCGCUCGCUGAACGCCCCCAGCCCGAUCCAGCAGUUCGGACCAUGCGGACGCAUCAUGAAGAACUCGGCCAUGGUCAUGACGAUCCAGGACCCUGCCAGCCAGCGUCUGACCUGGUACAAGGCGCCCAUGGCCGUGCUGGUCAUCAAGAAGGUCCGCGAUCCCACCGUCCUGCCGCCCUUCAUGCAGCUAGUCAACUGGCUGGCAGACGAGAAGAAAAUGAUUGUGUUUGUGGAGAACUCGACGGUAGAUGACCCGCUGCUCAAGAACAACCCCCAGUGGGCGGCGACCAGCCACCAGAAGGUUCAGACGUUCAGGGACGGACAGGAUGACCUUACGGACAAGAUCGACUUCAUCAUCUGUCUGGGAGGAGACGGCACGCUGCUCUAUGCCAGCUCACUGUUCCAGCAAUCUGUACCACCUGUGAUGGCUUUUCAUCUCGGAUCUCUGGGAUUCCUCACUCCGUUCAAGUUUGACAACUUCCAGGAGCAAGUCGACUCCGUUCUUGAAGGUCACGCGGCGCUGACUCUCCGCUCCCGACUGCGCUGUAUCAUUCUGCGGAAGGACUCGGACACACGCUCGGAGCCUCCCAUCAACCUACUGGUGCUAAACGAGGUUGUGGUGGACCGCGGUCCGUCGCCCUACCUCAGCAACAUCGACCUCUACCUGGACGGAAAGAAAAUCACCUCCGUGCAGGGAGACGGUCUGAUCGUCAGUACGCCCACGGGCAGCACGGCGUACGCGGUGGCGGCCGGGGCCAGUAUGAUCCACCCGAGCGUGCCGGCCAUCAUGGUGACGCCCAUCUGUCCGCACUCGCUCUCCUUCCGACCGAUCGUCGUGCCCGCCGGCGUCGAGCUCAAGAUCUGCCUGAACCCUGACGCGCGCAACACUGCCUGGGCUUCGUUCGACGGCAUGCACCAUCAGGAGCUCAGAAAAGGCGAUAGUCUGCGGGUGACGACGUCCGUGUUCCCGGUGCCGUCCAUCUGUUCGUCCGACCAGAUCACCGACUGGUUCGACUCACUGGACGAGUGCCUGCGCUGGAACGACCGUAAGAAGCAGCGUCAGCUCGAGUCGGUCGACUACCCACCUCCGGGUCCCGAGUAUAAACAGCAUCAGAGCUAGGGCGGAGACUGCAUCGCGGGGGACUGACGGGAGAGUGAGCUCGCGUGGGGGAUUCGUGAGCCAGACGGGAUCACUUUGUGGAGCUGGUGAUCCGUGCUGUUGACCUGGGACCACUAUGAUCCGUUUCGAGGUCAGGCCGAUCCUAUUUCGGAUCACGAGGUCGUGAUCUUGAGGCACGCGAUGCUGAUUGAGUUUCACGAGAUACGUACUCGCGAUUAUCCGUCCACAAGGCUGCCGGGCCGGGGAUCCGCCCUCUCUGUAUAAAGUCUGUACGGGAAUGUCAGGGGGCGCCUUCGUCUCAGCCCGUCAUCUGCGCCACGGUGUAGACGUGAGUUCUUCAGACUCAACUGAGCUCUCGGCUAAUUGAGUACGUUCGCGGAGUUUGAGAUGACGAUGAACCGGAGCUGCGCUCUAUAUAUGACAUAGACUCGUUAAGUGGUGAGGGUGGCGCGGUACGGUACAGCGCGCUAUGGAUGUUUCUCAAGUGGUCUUCUAUUUCCUAAACCCGUGCCUCGGGCGGCCAACAUUGUGCCUUGUAAUCCGCAUGAUGUAUAUUUCUACAGUAUAUAUUACAAGUAUUUUAGAUAAUGACCAGACGCAAUACUACUGAACAUUCACUUUUAUGUUUCAGGCAUUGAAAACGGAACUUUCGCUUUUCAGUCUAAACUUUAAUUUUCCGUAACCAAACUUAGCCCUAUGAUAUGCAUUUCUAUCAUUUGAAAUGUUUCUUAUUUUCAAAAGCAAUGGAUUUAUGAUCUAUUAUUUUGCUGUACAAAAAGUCACAUGUUUUCUUCUGUUCAUUAUUUGCAAAGUUAAUAUUUAACUCAAAUAAUUAUCACUAAUUUAUACUCUCUUGUUCCUAUAUAUAUAUAGCAAUAUUUUCUGGUUGAUCGUGACAAAUGUUUAUAUUGACAAGAAUCCCAAUAUAUUUAGUUUCUACAUGCUGACGAGAGCUGCUUGUGAGAUCAACGGCGUACCGUGUCGAUUGUCGAAUGACUGCGGGAAAGUGGUGCCUUCUUACAACGACGGACCGUAAAAUAUGCCCUGUUCUUUAUCGUAGACAGGCUGAAACCUAUACACGUCUAGCAAUGUUUGGAUUGGUUGAUCCAAUCCAAUGACAACUUCAUACGCAUGUACAGUCGUGAAUAUAUUCAAAUUUUCGGA